AUGAAGCGCGCCCGCUCUUCGCUCGUCGAACACGCAGAAUGUAAGACGACGACGGUCGAGGACUUGCGGUUCGGCACCGGAGGGCGGGUCUGGAACACUGCACGCGCCUUGGUUGGCCAUCUGGCUGAGCAUCCAGCCUUGAUUUCGGAGAAGCGGCGCAUCAUCGAAUUGGGAAGCGGCACUGGUCUUAUCGGCAUCGCUUGCGGCAUGCUGCUCUCAGCCCACACAGGUGUGGAUGGGCCGCGUGUUACUGUGACCGACAUGGAGUCGGUGAUGCCGUUCCUGCGGGAGAACAUCGAAUCCAACGGCGUAGUCGGCGCUGUUGAGGCAGCCCCGCUCUUGUGGGGAACGGACGUGAGUGACUUCGGAGCGCCCGUCGACGCAGUGCUCAUGGCAGAUGUCGCCUACACAGACGCGUACGCGGAACUGGCGGCCACGCUGGCAAGUCUGUGCGGCCCUGAGACACUCGUGCUGCACUGCUACACGACGCGAAAAUAA